AAAUAGAAGAGUGGAAAAUAUUAUUUUAAAAAGAUGAGGGAUAGCAAGUGGCGAUGGACAUUAAUCUCGUGCCCCAAACGAAGCGUUCAGUUGAGCGUUGACAUUAAUCUCUUGCCCGCCAAAACCUUAACCAUAAUGGAAGAUGGUCAAACCCUGGAACUCUAUGAUCUCCACUACUCUGAUCUUAUGGCAUUGUCUUCUUCAGAUCACCGGUUACCAACAACUUCCGAAAACACCUCAUAUUUGGAAUCAGUGAUGAACACGGUCAUGAAAAACCUAGGUCCGUCCGGUUCUGGUCUUCUUGCCGUCACCGGAGUCCCCAAUGCUUCCGCUCUCCGCCAAACACUGCUUCCAAUGGCUCGAAAGCUUGCUCUUCUUAACAAUGAAGAUCGCAAACGCGUACUCAAGGAUCAUGGGUUAGGGAGUGAUGUUCCACUGAAGAACAUAGAUAGAACAGUUUCCCCUUUCGCUAUGCAAUUAAAAUACAACCAAACCCUAGACAUGACCAGUGUCUGUAACUUAAUUCAUUCAGAGACUGCAUGUCACAGUUCAGAUAUUGAGAAUCUGAACGAAUUCAAAAAUCUUGGGAACAUAUUCAAAGAGCUAGGAAAUUGCAUGAUGGAUCUAGGCAUUCAAGUAGCAAGGGUGUGUGACAAGUUCAUUGGUGGACAUGAGCUAGAGCAAAGCUUACUAGAAUCAUGCUGUGCUAAAGGGCGUCUUAUUCACUACCAUUCAUUUCAAGAUAACCUUAUUCUACAAGCUUCAAAUACCAAACAACCCCAAAACAAGACAUUCAAAAAAACCAUUAGUAAUCACUCUGAUUUAUGGCAGCAGUGGCAUUAUGAUUAUGGUGUGUUCACUGUUUUGACAGCUCCAAUGUUUAUAUUUAAUGAAUCUUCCCAAUCAUGUGAUGGACAAGAAUGCCCUUCCCCUAGUGGACAUACGUAUUUGCAAAUAUUUGAUCCGAAUAAGAACAGUGUUGUAAUGGUGAAGGCACCUGUUGGGAGUUUUAUUGUUCAAGUAGGGGAAUCAGGUGAUAUAUUGUCAAAGGGGAAGCUUCAUGCAACUCUUCACUCUGUUUGUAGACCUAAAAAUUUGGAAAACAUUAGCAGGGAGACAUUUGUUGUGUUCUUGCAGCCUUCAUGGAACAAGAAACUUUCUGUUUAUGAUUUUUCAGUGGAACAUUUGAGUUUGAAUGAUGGGUAUUCAAGAAUAUGUAAUGAGGAUAAUCAGUUUCAAAAUCCAAGUUUGGAUGUUGGAAAAUUAGUUCCACCACUUUGUGAUCGAUUGAAAGAUGGAAUGACAUUUGCAGAGUUCUCAAAAGAAACAACAAAGCAAUAUUAUGGAAGCAGUGGAGUGCAGUCGAAGAAUAGAUAGAAUGGUGGAAAGAUGAUUGGCUUUUGCCUAAUUAACAUGUUGAUAACAAUUUAUUGAAUCACUAAAAUUAAUGAAAGUGGUUUGAUUUGAUUCUCGUAA